ACAUAACCUUAUUUAUUGUAGGAGAAAUGUAUAUAAAUAAAUUGUAAAUAAAAGUUAAUGUUUUAAGAUGUUUAAAGAAAGUUUUAAGUAUUAUAAAUCGAAACUUCCAUUGCCCAGCUUGGAUAACGUUAUAGAUUUUAAUAAUGUUGAGAAGUUUACUAAAAAGGUGACAAAAAUUAUAUUGAAAGUAACUAAUGGGGAAUUUUUUGGCCUUAUACCAAUUUCUGAAUGGGAAAUAUAUGAGGUUGACCAAAAUCCAGGUCUUAUAUUUAUUAAAAACCCUUUUACAACUCUCGGACAAAGAUACUGGACAGUAAAAUGCCUACAAGAAUAUACAAAGAAACCAAAUAAAAGUAAUUUGGACCCAUUAAAUUUAGUACCUGAUAAUCAAGAAUGGUGGGAUAUAUGCCAGAAUAAUAAUGACUUUACAUUAUUAGAAAAAUUAAGAUGGAUUACGUUGGGGUAUCAUCAUAAUUGGGACACCAAGAUAUACACAGAAGAAAACAAAAAUGAUUUUCCAAAGGAUUUAGGUGAUUUGACAGUAUUUUUUGCAAACACUUUGGGGUAUUCUAAUUUUAAUGCUGAAGCUGCCAUUGUAAAUUAUUACCAUUUAGAUUCCACUUUAUCAGGACACACAGACCAUUCUGAAAUGAAUUUGGAAGCACCUUUAUUUUCCUUUAGCUUGGGACAAACAGCGAUUUUUCUUUUGGGUGGCAUAUCGAAAGACACAAAACCAUCAGCAAUGUUUCUGCGCAGUGGAGACGUUGUUAUAAUGAGCAAAGAAUCAAGGUUGUGUUAUCACGGAGUACCGAAAAUAGUGAAGAGCAACACUAAAUCGUGGGAUAUCACGAAUUGUGAUGUUAAUUCUAAUGAAAUAUCUGAAGAGUACAAAACUGUUACGGAUUUAUGUAAAAAUAGUACAUUAUGGAGGCCUUAUGGAGAUUAUUUAUCGCAUUCUAGGAUUAACAUUAAUGUUAGGGUUUGGGUUACAAAGAAAACAACUUUAUACAACAUCGUCAACGAGUUUUUAUUUGUAUGCCAUACUGAAUAUACGGUUUAACAGAAUGCAUGGUACCGCAUGGCAAAAUAUCCAACAACCCUAAAAUAUCGAAAAAAUUAACAGAGAACUUCCAAAACUUGAUCCAAAUUAUUUUCUUCAUAUUCUUCUUCGGCUUUAUGGAAAUAGAAGUUCUUGAUGUUGAACCCAAAUUAUCUUUCUUCUUGUUCAUCAGAAAAUUGACAACUUUACAGUUUUUGACGUUUGAAUAUUUAGUGACGUUUCGAAAUGCUUAAACGCUCAGCCACCAAAUUGACAAAAUAUAUUUCCUUUGCAUCAUACGAAGGUAUCAUAGUUAGUUUUUUAUGUUGGAGCUUCCUCUAUGGGUUGUUAAGAUUAUUGGUACCGAAUCGAAGCCCCGAGUAUUCCUGUAGACUGCUAACUUGUUUACAUGGAAUUACAGCAGUUAUUCUGGGAUCUAAGGAGUGUUUUAUACCGGAUACGCCUUUUAGACAUCCUGAGUUACCCACUACAGAAGACCACAGGUUUUUAUUUGUAACGAGUUUGGGGUAUUUCAUAUUUGAUUUGUGCUGGUGCCUGAUAUACCAAACAGAAACCAAACUGAUGAUGGCUCAUCAUAUAUACAGUGUGUUCGCUUUGUACAGAAUGUUAUUUAAGUCUAUUUCGGGGCCACAAGCGUCUUGUGCUUUGGGGACCAUGGAGGUGACAAACCCACUUUUACAGUUGAGAUGGUUUAUAAGAACUGAGGGAUUGUAUCCCUCAAAGUUGUUUACGUGCGUUGAGUUACUAUUUGUGACUACUUUUAUUAUAGUAAGGGUGUUCGUAGGUACCUAUUUUUUAGUGCUAGUUUUUAAUCAACCUAAAAGUGAAUUGGAAAUUUUAAUUUUAACUACUGCUAUCUACGUUAUGUCUUGGAUGUUCAUCAUCCAAAUGUUAAAAUAUUUUAGAAACAAAUAUGGUUCUUCCAAGAAGAAUGAAUAAUGUAACAAUUAAGAAUAAUAUAGCAUUAUUU